AGGGGCCGGUAUAAAGUCCGCGGGGGGAGCCGGUCCCGGGCAGCCGCUCAGCCCCCAGCCCCCGCCGCCCGCCGCCCGCCUAGGCCAGGCCGAGGAUGCGGCGCAGCGCCCGCGCGGCCAGGCUCGCUCCGCUCCGGCGCGCUUGCUAACUUCCCCGAAUCCGUCCCGGUCCUCCAGCCCGGCCGCCCCGUCUCCCAGCGCCCUCCGGGUCGGGUCUUCCAGGCGCGCCGGGCGCUGCCGCCGCGUGCCCCCAGCUACCCGCCUGCGCGCCCGCGCUCCCCGCCCCGUCCUCGCCCGACCAUGCUGUCCCUCUGCCUCGUGGUCGCCCUGCUGCUGGCCUCCGGGCCCCAGCCGAGCCUGGGCGACGAAGCCAUCCACUGCCCGCCCUGCUCCGAGGAGAAGCUGGCGCGCUGCCGCCCCCCCGUGGGCUGCGAGGAGCUGGUGCGGGAGCCGGGCUGCGGCUGUUGCGCCACUUGCGCCCUGGGCUUGGGGAUGCCCUGCGGGGUGUACACCCAGCGCUGCGGCUCGGGCCUGCGCUGCUACCCGCCCCGGGGGGUGGAGAAACCCCUGCACACGCUGAUGCAAGGACAAGGCGUGUGCAUGGAGCUGGCGGAGAUCGAGGCCAUCCAGGCAAGCAUGCAGCCCUCUGACAAGGACGAGGGCGAUCACCCCAACAACAGCUUCAGCCCCUGCAGCGCCCAUGACCGCAGGUGCCUGCAGAAGCAUUUCGCCAAGAUGCGAGACCGGAGCUCCAGUGGGGGCAAGAUGAAGAUUAUUGGGGCGCCCCGCGAAGACGUCCGGCCUGUGCCCCAGGGUUCCUGCCAGAGUGAGCUGCACCGGGCCCUUGAGCGGCUGGCCGCCUCUCAGAGCCGCACCCACGAGGACCUCUUCAUCAUCCCCAUCCCCAACUGCGACCGCAACGGCAACUUCCACCCCAAGCAGUGUCACCCAGCCCUGGAUGGGCAGCGCGGCAAGUGCUGGUGUGUGGAUCGGAAGACGGGGGUGAAGCUUCCAGGCGGCCUGGAGCCCAAGGGGGAGCUGGACUGCCACCAACUGGCCGACAGCUUCCGAGAGUGAGCCCUGCCUCUGGCGGGGGGCUCAUGCCCCCUGCUCCCCCCUGCUCUGAGAGUGCAGAGCUGACCCAGAGUGGGGUCUGGAUCUGAGUCCUGGCUCUGCCUGUGGCCCAGAAAUUUCCCUUGGGGUGUGUGCGUGUGUGUGUGCGUGUAUGUGUGUGUCUUGAUGGGCAUGGAUGUGCCAUUGGGUGAGCCAGAGCCUAGAGUGUCCUAUUUGGGCUUAGAGAGCCCAGGAGGUCGCAGAGUGGUGAUGGGGAGCCCUGGCGCGUUUCCAACUUGAUUCUGAAUUCAUUCCUCUAUCUACCCACCUACCCACCCAUCUGAAAACAUGUAUUGACCACAUACUAUGUUCCAGCUCUUAUUCCGACUUCCUCUGAUUUGGGUAUAUGGGAUCCCUCCUUCAGGUGAGCACAAGCCUGUGAGAGAAGAGAAGUCUCAUUCCCAGAGUCGGAGGAGAAGAGAGAUAUAUGUUCCUUGACCGUUGUCCCGCCCACCGUCCAGUUGCGGGGGAGGGGAGGGCACAGGGAAGGCGAGGGGUGUGGAUGGCCCAAUGAUGGUGUGGCUUUGACCCACUCCCAAGGCUCCCCUUCCUCUCUUCCCCAGGACCCUCAGGGGCAGGGGCCUGCAGGGACAAGCCCACUUUGGGGUCCAGGUAUCCUUUGGCUUGGUUUCCUAGCAACCAAGUCCCUGCUGGAUGGGAGAGGAGGGAUUGGAAGAAGUUCUGCUGAACAGAGGGUUGGGCGGUUGGAGCAUCUUUUGGAGCAGUCAGAGUGGGAAGAGAGGAUGCAGCCUUGGACUGAAUGUGCCUCGUGCCGAAGAGGACCCGCCUGCUGGGGUCCGGCUCCCUGCAGCCAGGCCGUCACGGGAUGACCUGACCGGGAUGACCUGACCCCAUGCUUCCGGUGGCUCGCCACUGUGGCUCUCCCGUUUACUCCUUCCCCUUCACCUCCUCCCCUGCUCCUCCCGAGGCCCCUGGGCGUUUUCUGGAUGGAAGGAAACUUAAGAACCUUUCAGUUUGCCAGCAAGUCUUUUCUUCUUUUUUUUUUUUUU